AUGGCUCAGACACUAGCACUUCAGUUUCUUACUUUACUCCUUUUCUUCUUCAUGGGCAUCACUGCUAGAGACAUGAAGACAGAGUUACGAGACGUGGAUUCUAAUGAAGAACCAUACAUUACACAGUACAGACACACUAAAUCAGGUUAUGCAGCUUCAUAUAAUACUCGUACUCAUGAUUCCAACCAACAUUACAUAACUUCCUACGUUAAACAUGAAGCCAACCAACCUUACAUCACACAGUACAGACCAACUUCCCUUGAAGCCAAGCAGACUGAUUACAUUACCGCAUAUAGGACCCGUACCGAUGAAUCCAAUGGACCGUACACAACUGCCUACGGUAAACAUGAAGUCGCCCAUCCUUACAUCACACAGGUUUUUCAAUUUGGAUGA